AUAGUUGGUGCUGCACUAACUGGGACGGAUGAUGUUGGAGAGUGGGUUGAGAGACUCGAAAUGCCUUUCCUUUUGGAGUUACGUGCGACUGUGUAUAUGUCAGGAGCGAAUCGUGCUUCGAUAAGAGAUAGUCGAUAUCUUGAAUGCUGGUGCCGCAGCUACGGGCAAGACUAG